GAAGUGGAAGCGGCCGGCUGUCGAGUCAGUGUACAGGCGCUGUUUUAGGGAGAGGAUACACUUGUCUGCUCAGCUGAUCUGAAUAGCAACAAUAUUUUGGAAAUCAUCAUCUAACGAGUAACGCAAGGGUCGCACUAAAUAAGGUUAUAGCAGCAGCAGCUUCUCAGGGGAACGAGAGAAGCCUUGUGAAUAUUUGGUGAAGCAUCGGCAGUAGCAGCGGCGACACUUGGUCUCUUGAGUCUCCGCGUUCACUUUCAUCCUCAUCAGAGUGACGGAACAAGAUGGGGAAUGGAUUAUCAGAGCCCCAUGCCCUCUUUCCCUGCCUGCCGUCCUUUCAGGCCCUGCACAUUGUUAUUCUCGGCUUGGACUGUGCCGGUAAGACUACCGUAUUGUACCGGCUACGCUUUAAUGAGUUUGUGAACACUGUUCCCACCAAGGGCUUCAACACGGAGAAGAUCAAGGUGACUUUCAGUGGGAAAAGCCGGACUGCAUCUUUUAAUUUCUGGGAUGUAGGAGGUCAGGAAAAGCUCAGGCCUUUGUGGCGCUCCUAUACGCGGUGCGCCGAUGGCCUUGUGUUCGUAGUGGACUCAGUAGAUGCCGAGCGCAUGGAGGAGGCCAAGACGGAGUUGCAUAAGAUCACACGGCUACAGGAGAACCAGGGGGUGCCCGUGUUGGUGGUGGCUAACAAGCAGGACCUACGCAGUGCGUUGCCAUUAGGUGAGGUCGAACAGAUGUUGGCACUGAACGAGCUCGGCUCUCAUACACCAUGGCACCUUCAACCGGCCUGUGCCAUCAUCGGAGAAGGUCUACAAGAAGGCCUGGAGCGUCUCCACUCCAUGAUCAUCAAGCGGAGAAAGAUGAUGAGGCAGCAGAAGAGAAAAAGAUGACUGUUUGGUGAUGGGAUGUGAGCUGGAUGUGGUUGUAGGCCUCUAUGAUGGCUCUGCUGGUGACGUGCCAUGGGCCAUUGUGGCUCCUGACUUCUUGGAAUUAUUGUUUCAGGGGCUGAGUUCUAUCAGUCAGAUAGUUCUGGAGAAAUAGAGUUCAGAGAACGCAAGAGGACAAUAUUGAUUUACCACAUUGGUUGUUGGAUUGUAGCAACAGUGGGACGAUGACAUGGAACAUUUACAUCAAUACGUGUUACACAGUGUCAACAGGUCUAGUGGUACAUUGAGUUCUCAUGAAGGACAACACUUGCGUCUGCAGUGUUACACAUAUCCUAGUGUCCUAGCAUUCAUGUAAAGUCUAGAAAUAGAGGGAUUGAUUACCAAAGCUGCCAUUGACAUCAUGAAAAAUCCAAUGUGAACAUUCAGGUGAUGUGUUUUCCUACAUUGGUUUUAUCCAGAAUGGCCAACCGUCAUUUUCCCUGGGUGUUUGUUGUCCCGGCGGUCAGGGGAACCAGAAUAAGCUUUAUGGAUCACUUGUUUGGGAACGCACAAAUAUUUAAAUCUGAUUGGAGUCAUGGAGAAGGGUAUUUGGUCGACCACUAAAGUAGUUCAACAGGUGAAUGUGGUGAUUGUCAAGAUAUGUAAGAGAUUAAAGGUGUACUAUCCUUCUCGACUUGUUGGUGCAGUAGUAGCUUCUCCCAAGUUUGAGGAUUACUGGUGUCAUUUCUAGCUAAAACCACAUUGUGUGCUUCCCUGAACGACAAGAGAUGUUUAAAUGCACUUUAGCAAUUCCCUUUUCUAAUCUAUGAACUUACAGCAUCUGAUUUUUUUGUAAAGAGUUUAUCAUACUACAAAAAAAGAAGUAAUGUAUUGCUUCGAAUGAAGCGGUUUUUUUUUUGUUUUGUUUUAUAUCCAUUUCCACAUUCAAAUGUGUCAGUUUGUCACUCAGUGCUUGUGUCCUGGGCGUGUUCAUAUUUAUGUUUCUGAAUUUGUACAUUUUGAAUAAAUCCACAACUAAACUGAAGAUAA